CCGUGUUGGCUUGCGACGUCACAGCGAUAAAUACUAGAAAAUAUGCGUGAUUUAACAUCGUUUCAUUUGUAGAACACAAAAUGUAUUAGUAAGUAAUUCGGUGUCUAUUUCUUGCAUUGCACAAACUUCCAUAUGCCAGUUAUCAGGUUAAAGUACCCAUGUAUUUUUUUUAUAUGUUUAUUUGUGGUUUAUUUAUAUGCGCUGCUAAUAACCUAUAUUAUACAGCUUCAGUCUUAUGAUAAUUCUUGACGAAUAAAUGGUAAAGGAUUUUAGAGGAACUGGCUGUGACAUAAUUUAGUGUACUGUACAAGAAUUUGAUUGGAGUCACUAAGGAAUACCAUGAUAAUCUGUCAGAUAAUCCCUGCGCCGGGUUGAAAUAUAAGAAGGCCUAUUAGAAGACAUACGUAAUUUAUAAUUUCAGUGUAGGUUGGUUGGUUAAUGCUUGCCCAUUGGAUAUGUGUACUGGUUAAUCGACGUAUUUCUAUUUAUUAGGCCUAAUUACUUUCGUCGUUCGACAGGGUGAUUAUGUAUACGAUCCAGGGGACAAAUAUUCCCCUUAGGUGCACAAAGGAAAAUUUGUACGUUAUAUACUCUUCAUUUGAACUAUGUUUAACAGAUUUUAUUAGUAGCAGUAUUUACCUUGUUUGAAACAUGUUACAAUGCUUCGGGCCGUCUAUUGUAACUGUAUACAAAAUUUAAGUUCAAACCCUGAGGGGCGAAGUUUUCCGAAAAUUCUUUUUGUGAAAUCGCUCAAAAAAUUACUCGGAUCACCUCCGUUGCUGGAUUACAAUUAACACACGAAAUUUAUUGUUUUUUUUACCCAGUCUUUUUUGUAAAAACCGUCACAACAGUGAAUUUCAUGUAGGGAAGUUGCUCGUGCCAUCUGUUGUCAAACUUAAGAACUGUACUCUAAAAGUAUCGAUUCUGUGUUUGUCUCUUGUUUGAGAUAUUUCUCCUAUCGUUUCACAAUAAUAAUCGACUUUCAGUAUGGCCGGGAAUGUGAAUAGAGUUGGCAUUGUGUAAACAAGUAAUUGUGCCUAAGAAGACACUGUUGGCAUUUGAGAUAACAUGGUUACGAUAAGAAAAAUAUGAAGAUUCAAAAAAGCAAUGUUAAGUUCUGUAACGCGCUAUAAAACCGAAACCAAUGGCAAACAUAGAAGAAAGUGUGUCAACUUUUAGGUUAAUCAGGGGUUCAUUACCCUUAAAAUUCAACUUAUGUAGUUGCUUAUUACUGGCAACGACUUUAUUAUGCGUUAUUAUACUUCUUUACGAAUGGAAGGACUACAUAAAGGCUGUGUUGUUUUGGGUAGAAACUCUGGAACAUUGGCUAAUUUGUGUUAUAUUUCUAGGGAUGUUUACAUUAGUGUCAUUUCCUUUCACAUGGGGUUACACAUUUUUAGUGAUCUCCUCAGGGUAUUUAUUUGGAGUUCCUCGUGGCCUUGUGACAGUUGUUGUUACUGUAAAUCUUGGAGUUGUCAUUGCCCAUUAUACUAUGAGAACUUUCAGGACCAAAUUUCCAGUUACAAAACUUUAUAAUAAUGACAAAGUGCAUGCUAUUUUAAUGGUUGUGUCUGGGCCACGUGCGUUUAAAGUUGCUGUGUUUGCUCGUUUAACACCAAUACCAUUUGGACUGCAAAAUACAAUUUUUGCUGUUAGUAAUAUCAAUACAAAGGAAUACUUAAUUGCAACAUUUUUUGGACUUUUCCCAGCACAAAUCAUUAAUGUGUAUUUGGGCAGCACUCUUAGAUCAAUGGAAGAAGUUCUUUCAAAUAAAUCCACAGCAGCUACAGGAUUUAUUGUGUUCUUUCAGAUUGUGAUUGGAAUAUCAUUGAUGAUGUAUGUUGUUGUAAAGGCUCGUGGUGAAUUACGCAAGACUUUGAAUGAAGAUUUUCCAUCAAAUGAUGAUGCACUUUUCAACACUUCAAAUCCUCUUUUGAUAGUUUAAAGCUUUAAUGAGCCAGUCAAAUUUCCCUGAGGCCAGCAUCAGAAAUAGUGCCAUGACACGGUUCAAAUUUUUUUUAAGUAUGUCAAGAUAUAUGAACAGUUUUGUUUUUUGAUGAAAGACUCGGGUUAGAAGCCGCGUAAGGUGACUGAAUGGUGAAUACACCAUAUCCUGUGCCAACGUUUUGAGAGCUGUCUCUGCUCUAAUCCUCAGGGCAGCUGCAUAACAAACUGGUCCUCACUCGCCGAUGGGAACUGGUGAUGGACGGCAAGUAGUAGCAUGUUAUAGUUACCAAGAAAGACGCACAGUUAUCAGAAAUUCCUAUCAUGACAAGAAAAUAAUGAUUUUUAGAACAAAUUAAAAAUUAAGUUCACUCCCAAGCUACUUUAAUAUUACUGUUGUUCUAUGGGUUGUGACUUUAUUUUUCCACUGUGAAAUGGUUAAGUAGUAUUAAUAGCAGAAUUUACCUUAUAAAAAUGGACUUUAUGGUUAGUGAUUUUUCAGUUACAAGUUUGUAUUUAUUGCAUUUGUUGACAUAUUACAAUUAUGCAUUAUUAAGAGGCUGUGCACUAACAUUGCUAAAGACAUUUAAGUUUGUAACAGUUCUAAAUAUACAACUUGCGUGUACUGCAAUAGAAUAGUUCUUAUUCUGUACUUUGGCAUUCAUAAACAAGUAUUUUGACAUAUUAGGUAGCAAUGUUAAUGCAAGAAAUAGUAAUGAAGUUGUAUUAUUGAUUUCAAAUCAAAUUACUGGACAAAUUGUGACUGCUAAAUUGUAAGAGGCUGUGGGGUACAAAUGUACAGUAGAAUAGUAUAAGGUAAUAAAAAUAUAUUAUUUGAUAUAAAUUGUGGAUAUACAUUAAAUAUAAUUAUUAGUUAUAUAAUUCUUAUAUGCUUUGACAGUAUGUUUGGUUCAUUUGCUUUUAUACCUGAGAUGUGUGUUUCAGUCACGGCUAUUCAACUAUAUGCAACUUCAUUUAGUCAAAGUAAAGUGAACAACACAUGACACUUCUUAUUCAAGCCACCAGAAUGAAGAAAAAGAGAUUGAUAAGAAGUAUAACAAAUAUGGGUAGCUCCAGUAUCAUGGCCAAUGUAGAAUUGAAAGUGUAUGUCAGCAAUAUUAAUGUUUAUGUAACACAUUUUUAUGGUGACAUUUUCCUAGACAACACAAAUCAAAUUGAAAUGUAUAAUAUUGAUGUGCAGAAACUGUCAUCACUCUGUAAUUUCCUCACCUGAUUGAAUAUUGUAAGGGAAUGAUUUAUCCUCA